AUGGCCUCUGCCACGAGCGUCUAUUCAGCGGAGCCUGCAUUACCAGUCCUUGCCGAUUCCCUGCUCCGCCAGUCAGAAUUGAGUACCAAAGAACCAGCUCCCCAAUCCAAUAUCCCUGCUGCAAAUAGCAACUGGAACCUAAAAGAUGAUUGGGAGAAGGGUAUCCAAACCGACAGCAAGGGUGUCUUUCGAUGCGGUACAGUUCUCGGAUUCUCCCGCCUGCGAGGGAGAAGCGACGAAACCGACGAAUAUAUCGGAGAGGUCCCCCGGUAUCUUCUCACAAACCAUCUACGGCGCAUAACCCAGUGCACAGAACCAAGCACAUUCAUAAUUUACCCAGGCAACUUCGACGCCUUCGACGCACAGAAUCUCUUCGAUGACUUAACAGCAGCAUCAAACGACCACCCAGGACUCUCCAGCGAAGAAGCAAUCAAAAAAAUGGACACGGUCCAGUUACUAGCCGUCUCAGACUUUCACGAAGCCGCACAAGCCAUCAGACAGUAUUCAGACGUGAUAGACGAGCUCGAACAAAAGCGCGAAGAAGCGCGGAGCAAAGCAGAAAGCGAUCCAUCCAGCCAUGAGCCUAUCAUGAUGAUAGUUGUUGGUCUUGAUUACCUCGUUGAGGGGAUUAUCCGCGCUUCGAACCCGGGUAAAGGAGUAGCCAUGCUGACUGCUGCGCUGCGCUCUUUGACGACGUUUUCUCGUCUGCAUGCCUCAUAUCUCUCAAUCAUUCUCGUCAAUAUGAGUGGAUUGGGACCGUUCAAUCCGGAUUGGGGCGGCAAUUCUCCUUCAACGGGAAAUAUGAAUUCGCGCGGCGAUGAUAGCGCGAAGCCUCUUGACUAUGCUAUUCAUUCGGUAUUCCAUUCUGAGAUUCGCCUAUUUCCCAAUAUGCUCAUGAAAACGUUGGACCAAGGCACCGAUAUACAUUUCCUAGUCUCUGACGUGCGACGGGUACAGGUGGUUGAGAUAAUCAAGGAUAGACUUGGGACUAGUCUUGGGAAAUGGGGGAUAUGGAAGGAGCACCGAGAGAUCGUUUACUAG